AGUCUUAUUGAUAGUUAUGAAGGCAUUGAUGAGGAGGCAUUUUGUAUGUUGGACGAUGAAAUAAUAAAGGAGCUGAUUCCAAAAAUUGGUACCAGAAUGAAGUUUGCAAGGAAGUACCGCAAUCUACUACUAUGUAAUAGUCGUGAUAGUAGUCUUGGGCAAUCGUAUUACCAGCGAGCAAUGUGUCGCAAACCUGCAAAAGGGUACGUACAGGACCACAUCAAUAAUGUCAGGAAAGGGGAGGCCAAAGCCAGAAGAAAUGCAGUUCGCGUAGUCCCAUCAGAACAGGCAAAAGAUAUUAGUGUUGAAGAUGAUGUUAAUGAUGAAAGUGUUGAUGUUCAGUGCGAUGAAUCAGAUGAAUUUAAAGAGAUGGUUGCAUGGCUCAAGUACAAUUGCAACCCUGCCACCCAGGUUGAAGAUUUUAUGAGUAAAACCGCUGUUGGUAGGUACGGGCACUUGAUUAAAGAAUCUUUGACGGUAAAAGCAGUCCUCGAGGCUUAUCCAAGGCUGAUUACACAUAAAGGAAUGAUCGAACAAGACUACAAAAUUCUAUUUGCCAACAAUGAUUUCAUGACCAGAAGAUGGGACACUGUGUUUGCCUCCAAAGUAAUCAGCUACACAGAUUCCGCGAAGCCAUCGUGGCGUGAGAUGGUUCCAGUCAAGAAGGAACUCAGCAAUUUGGAACAGAGUGUAGUUGCAAUGCAACUUCUACCGAUCAUGCUGCCCCCCAGGCCAACAAAAGGUCAUAGACCAUCCGUGACUGAGGCAAUGUCAUCGUUCAUACAGUUCAAGCAGGUGACAACAAAUAUCCCCUCAUUCCUUCAGGACCUCCCAAGUGGAGCUGUGCAGCCCUUCGUGUUGGCUCUUGGGGAUAGAACAUCUCCAACGCAGGCAUUUCUUAUAAUUGAGAAGAACGCUUUAGAAUAUCCAACACUGCUGAAGGCCGUUGAUACCUGUUUCAAGGCGUUCUAUGUUCUUGACAUAGAAUAUCCUGCUAACUGCAUUAUUGUGUGGCAAUUCAUUCAAGAGCUUGUGUUCGAUGUAAGAUCCAAGAAGGGACAUGUAUCGCUGAGUAAGAAUGUGACCAGUUUGAGGAGCUUUUUCCUUGCCUAAGCACCCGUGGUGUCACACUAGCUGAGUAAGUUUUCUGUGGAUGUUGGA